AUGUCGCGUUUCUCACCCACUGAAGGGGAAGAUCCAUCAAAGUUGAAUGAGAUCGACAGAUAUCAAGAAGCUCCUUCUCCAACUGAUGAUGAGCUCAACAACCUAAGACGAGUACCUGGCUCGGUGAAUCUACCGGCUUAUUUGAUCGCUUUUGUUGAAAUGGUCGAACGAUUUAGUUAUUAUGGAACAACUGUGGUGUUUACAAACUAUAUUCAGCGGCCUCUUCCGCCAGGAUCAGUCACUGGUGCUGGCGGAGUUCAAUCUGGCGCAUUAAACCUGGGUCAGAAAGCCUCUACUGGAAUUACCACUUUCAAUACUUUCUGGGUAUAUCUUUGUCCACUCUUUGGAGCAUGGGUUGCCGAUGCACAUCUUGGACGUUAUAAUACUAUUUUGAUUUCUGUGUUUAUUGCUCUCGUUGGACACACACUUCUCAUUGUUUCAGCCUUACCUACCGUCAUUACGAAACCUACAAACUCAUUAGCAGUUUUCAUAAUUGCUAUCCUUAUCAUGGGUAUUGGCACCGGUGGAUUCAAGCCUAAUAUCAGCCCUCUUGUGGCAGAACAAACCGAGGUUAAUGGUCAAUCCACUCGGACCAUUCGAACUCUCAAGUCUGGAGAAAGGGUCAUCAUCGAUCCAGCACUAACAGUAGAGAGGAUUUAUUUAUAUUUUUAUCUUAUGAUCAACAUUGGUGCAUUAGUAGGCCAAAUAGGAAUGGUAUAUGCAGAAAAAUACGUGGGAUAUUGGUUAGCCUAUAUGCUUCCAACAGCUCUUUUUUUGCUAUGCCCAAUCGUCUUGAUUUUCGGUAAAAGACUUUAUGUACUCAGACCACCCACCGGAUCAGUUUUCGCUCGAUCACUACAACUUUGGAGAUUUGCAAUCUUAAAACGAUGGCGAGCACGGAAAACGAAAUCCAAAGAGACUGCUUCUCUUGAUUUCUGGAAUGCUGUUAAACCAAGCACAUUAGAAAGAUCUGGUGAAUCAAAACCGAAAUGGAUGAAUUUUGAUGAUCAAUGGGUAGAAGAAGUUAGAAGAGGCUUUAAAGCUUGCCGAGUCUUUUUAUGGUUCCCUUUGUAUUGGCUUACAUACAAUCAAAUGAGUAACAAUCUUACCUCCCAAGCCGGAGUGAUGAACACACAUGGCCUGCCCAACGAUAUUCUUUCGAAUCUAGACCCACUGGCUUUGAUUAUACUGAUCCCAGUGUGUGACAUGGUCAUUUACCCAGCCUUGAGGCGAGCUGGAAUCAAUUUUUCACCCAUCAAGAAAAUCACAGCCGGUUUCUUCACCGGAUCAUUGGCAAUGGUUUACGCUGCUGUUACUCAACAUUACAUUUAUAAAAGGAGUAAGUGUGGUAGCUUUGCCAGCGGAAAUGAAUGUGAUCCUGUAGAUAUCUCGGUUUGGGUUCAAACCCCAGCUUAUCUGCUUAUUGCGAUCUCUGAAAUCUUGGCCUCUGUAACUGGUUUGGAGUACGCUUUUACUUUGGCACCUAAAAAUAUGCGUAGUUUAGUCACGAGUCUUUUCUUGUUUCAAUCGGCUAUUGCAAGUGCGAUUGGAGAGGCUUUCAACGGAUUGUCCGCCGAUCCACUCUUAGUUUGGAAUUAUGGCACUAUGGCAGUAAUUGCGUUUCUAGCGGGGAUUGGAUUCUUAUUUUCACAUCGAACACUUGAUCAUGAUCAUGAAGAGAUGAUAAGGUUACAAGAAGGCAAAUGUGAGACCUCAGUUAAGCGUGAAGCAGGAUAUGAAGAAUCUAUGAAAAGAAGAGAUGUAAGUAAAGGUGAUGAAGUACCUGAAGAAGUUUCGACUUUGAUGGAUAAUGUUAGUCCACCACCUAGUCCUCAGAAAAGCAUAUAG